AUGGGAAAAGUCCAGCUUCCGACUAGGGACCAGUUCGUGGCACCCUUCCGCUCGAAAGAGGCCUUUGUCGACUUCAUCAAAGCCCCUCAAGGUAACAACGGCCACGCACCAAUUGGCGACGAGAGAUGGUCCAACAAGGACCUUGAGCCAACGCCGGUGGAACAGAGGACUUGGACCUGGUUUAAUCUGCCGCUAUACUGGUUCUCGAACCAGUUCUCUCUUGUCGGCUGGAAUACUGGCUCCGCUCUCGUAACUGUCGGCCUGACAUGGCAACAAUCCUUCGUAUCGGCUUGCAUUGGCUCUUUUCUUGCUGCCGUCGUAGUUGUCCUUAUGGCCCGGCCAGGCGUGAAGUACCACAUCGGCUUUCCCGUAAUUGCACGCUCAGUCAUGGGCAUGUACGGUUCCUACUUCUUCGUUUUCAUCCGAGCCAUCGUGUGCAUCAUCUGGUACGGGAUCCAAUCCUUCUACGCUGGUAACAUCCUCUCGGUGAUGCUCCGUUGCAUCUUCGGCAGCUCCUGGGAGAACUUCACAAACACACUCUCUCCAACCGCAAGCGUCACCUCAAAACAACUUUUGGCUUUCUUUAUGGCCUGGCUAAUGGAAUUUCCGUUCAUGUGGGUCCAUCCCAGGCACAUUCACUAUAUUUUCACUGUGAAAGGGUUCAUUAUGCCCAUCGCCGCUUUUGCUGUAUUCGGCUGGUGCAUGGCGAAUGGUGGUGGACUCGGCGCCAUGGAUCUUGCUUCCGAUGAAGGCGAGCUUGCUGCUUCAGUGACCCCUCUAGGAUGGAGCAUCAUGGCCGGCAUUAACACCAUCUUCGGUUCGCUCUCGCCUAUGCUGGUCAACCAACCUGAUCUUGCUCGAUACUGCAAAAAGCCUCGAGAUGCCGGGAUAACCCAAGGUAUCAGCGUGUUCGUAGCCUCCAUCAUCGUGUUCUUUUUGGGCAUGGCCUCCACGACUUCAAUGCAGGCAGCGUAUGGAGUUGCCUACUGGAACAUCUGGGACCUAUUUGAGGCUAUUCUCGAUCACCAUUUCGGCGCUGGUGCGCGGGCUGGCAUCUUCUUCGCUGCUUUGGCGUUUUACUUUGGCGUCUUCGCGACGAACUUUGGAGCAAACUCGAUUCCAUUCGGAAGCGAUAUGACUGGUCUCUUCCCAAAAUGGCUCACCAUUCGUCGUGGCCAAGUGCUUUGCGCCAUCCUUGGUGUGGUCGUGCAGCCGUGGCAGCUGAUGAAAAAUGCUUCAGCCUUCUUGAGUUUCUUGGGUUCCUACAACAUCUUCAUGGCACCACUUUGCGCCGUUAUCAUUGUCGAUUACUUUAUUGCACGGAAAGGAAAUAUACAUGUACCAUCUUGCUACGAUGGUAAAAAGACAGGCCUCUACUGGUUUUGGUCCGGGGUCAACUGGAGUGGUGUGGUGGCAUGGCUACUCGGCACUACAAUGGGUAUCCCAGGUCUCAUCGGCCAGUACCAGCCGCAGAUCAUAUCGGCAGCUGCGCAAAACAUGUACCGCAUGGGUUGGUUGUUGACCUUCUUCACUGCAGCGACAAUCUACUAUGUCGUCACCCUCUUCGUAAAACCGAGAGUGUUCCCAUUCGGACGAGAGAGUACGCCGUUCGAACGGGAAUGGCUAGCGAACGAGGGUCGUGAAGGAUUCUUCGACGGAGACAGAGAUGGUGGAGAGAUCUAUGCCGCUGCAACACCGCCCAUGACUGACGGAGGAGAGGAUGUUGAGAUUGGCGAGAAGUCACCAAAGGUCACUUUCUGA